AUGCCGUCCUUCCCAGUCACCAUCGACACGUCGGCCGACUUCGACUUCGCCUCUCCGGCCCAGCCCAGCCAGACGCGCAGUCUGCUGCUGGCACCGCCGUCCAUCGCUGCCCACGAGGAGACUCUGCGCGCCGUCUUCACCACCUUUGACCGCUCCACGACGGACCUGCAGAUGCUAGAUCGGCUUUCUGCUGGCUUCGUCUCUCUUCCGGCUUCCACAUAUGACCUCGUCCUCGUCCUGACCAACGCCGACGGCUCCUAUCGCUCCGAAGCCCUGCAAUUACUAAGCCGCGAUGUAUUCACCGCUCUCCUGCCCUCCAUGAAGGCCGGUGCGAAACUGCAACUACAAAGUGGACUGCUUGACGAGAACGACGCUCGGGAGGCUAUUCUGGCUGGAUUGGUCCUUAAAGACGGUGCUUUCGAAAAGCCUGCUUAUGAAGGAGGCAGCGUGCCCCUUAGAUUUGGGAAGAAAAAGAACAAGGCGGCGACCCCUUCUAAUGGAACUGCAGUGAAGAGGAAUGUAGUUGUCCAGAUCAGCAAUGACGACGAGUUGAUUGACGAAGAUGGUUUAUUGUCAGAGGAUGACAUGAAGCGACCUGUUCAGCAGCCCGAAAAAUGCCAACCCGAAACGCAGAAGAAACGCCGACGUCCCUGCAAAGACUGCUCUUGCGGACUCGCCGCGGAGCUCGAAGCCGAGGACCUGGCCCGUCGCGAACAGGCCAAUUCGGAUUUGAACGUGCUAAAACUGCAGUCGGAUGACUUGAACGAUGAAGUAGACUUUACUGUACAAGGCAAGACAAGCUCCUGCAACAGCUGCUCGCUUGGAGACGCCUUCCGGUGCUCCACCUGCCCGUAUAUUGGAUUGCCUGCGUUCAAACCUGGCGAGGAGGUCAAGAUUAUGAAUGACAUGGCUCAACUUUAG